CAGACCUGGAGCUUCAAAGCCCAGGCUGAGAGCAGAGGAAGGCACUGCCAGAGCCGGCUAUUGCCAUGCCCUCUGCAUCCCCCACGAGGCCCUGGGUUGCUGUGCUGCCCAAUGCCACUGCAGCAACAUGGACCAAUGGAAGUGUGUCAGAGAUGCCUCUGUUCCACCUGUUUGCCCAGCUGGAUGAGGAGCUGCACAGAGACUUCCCCAACCUGUGGUUGGCACUAAUGGUCGUGCAUGGCACCAUCUUCCUGGCCGGGCUGGUGCUCAAUGGACUAGCAUUAUAUGUCUUCUGCUGCCGCACACGGGCCAAGACACCUUCGGUCAUCUAUACCAUUAACCUGGUGGUGACUGACCUGCUGGUGGGCCUGUCCCUGCCCACACGCUUUGUUGUCUUCUACGGUGCCCAUGGCUGCCUGCGCUGUGCCUUCCCUCAUGUCCUGGGCUACUUCCUCAACAUGCAUUGUUCCAUCCUCUUCCUCACCUGCAUCAGUGUGGACCGCUACCUGGCCAUUGUGCAACCUGAGGGCUCUCGUCGCUGGCGCCAGCCGGCCUGCGCCAAGGCUGUGUGCAUCUUCGUGUGGCUGGCAGCAGGCGUUGUGACCCUGUCCGUCCUGGGCGUGAAGGCCGGUGGACGAUCUUGCUGCCGUGUCUUUGCUCUGACUGUGUUGGAGUUCCUGCUGCCGCUGCUGGUCAUCAGCGUGUUCACAGGCCGCAUCAUGUGUGCACUGUCGCGGCCCGGCCUGCUACGCCAGGGCCGCCAGCGCCGCAUGCGGGCCAUGCAGCUGCUGCUCACAGUGCUCGUCAUCUUCCUGGUCUGCUUCACGCCCUUCCAUGCCCGCCAGGUGGCUGUGGCGAUAUGGCCCAAUAUGCCACACCACACAACCCUCGUGGCUUACCAUGUGACUGUGACCCUCAGCAGCCUCAACAGCUGCAUGGACCCCAUUGUCUAUUGUUUCAUCACCAGUGGCUUCCAGGCCACUGUCCGUGGCCUCUUCCACCAGCAUGGAGAAGAAUUCAAGCCCAGCAGUGUGGAUAUAGUUAGCAUGCACAAGAGCACCAAGGGCUCAGGCCCCCAUCAAAUCCUCAGCACUGGCUCUCACACCCUCACCCAGCCUCUGACCAAUGGGCCUGAGUCAUAGGCAGCAGGGCUCUCUGCCCAGGGCCAGAGGUCAAGGCUCUGAAAGGUUACCCACCAGACACAACCUGGGCCUGGCCAACAAGUUGACAUCCUAUUGAUCCUUUGGAUAUGGCUACCCGGUGUGUUCUGUUGACAAACUGAGACCACUGUGCUGUGAUUAGCAAUGUCUGCCAGUAGGGGAUAAUAGUAUGGAUGCUGGAGGCUUGCCUUUCCUAUGGCUGUGUGGUGUCCAGUGAACACUCAGAAAUGUAGCCAGGAGCUGCUGCUAGGCUCCGUCCAUUAUUUUGUUCCCCAAGAAAGUUCCUCCAGAGAAAGCACAGAGGUGAAUGUUCAGAGGAUUCCCAGCAGGGUUAAACACAACCAGAAACAUCACAGGCAGAUGGAGAAACAAGAAUAGAUGGUCGAGGUUUGGGGUUCAAGACUUAUCUACAGGGAGUGGAGACACCCCUCGAACGCCUCUGGCCUCUCAACUACACCACAGGCCAGCAGAGCAAUACAUGGUGGCCCACUGUGUGCCAGGACUUAGGUAUCUGGCUGACACUUGAAUGGCCACAACCCCCAAAGAAGCUACUUUUAGUUUUAAGUUUGUUUGUUUGUUUGUUUGUUUCAUGCAGAGGGGGAGGUGAUACAGACACUACCCCUGGUCAAUGGUAGGGUCAAAGCUAAGACCCACCCCCACAGCCUCCAGCAUCCCAGCUCCUGCUUCCAUGGCUACCUCCCAGAUCCGGAAGACUCCUGACCCCACUGCCUGCUGCCCCAGACUCGGUGAGGCCCCAGCCCUGUCCAGCAGAUGAAGACACUAGGAAUAAAGAUACUAAAUAACUCAAACUCGGGGCCUCCAACCUAAGGCCUCGGAGCUCCUAGGCUCGCUCCUCUGGGGACCAGAGCUCCCCUGGAGAUGGACUCUGAUCACCCCGUCUCUGAGCUGGACUCCAAGGGGGUCACAUGCUUGUCUGUCUCAAGUUCUAGGCUCCUGGUGAUUGGGGGAGGGGUCUGUGGUGAAGGAGCAGGCUCUGAGUCACAGUCCCUGAAGCAGGUGUGGUGGGAUCUGGGCCCAGAUUGUACACUGGUCUAGUAAGAAGUCUCCUAUGUUCCAGGGACCUGGGACCGGAGUGGCUGGGCACGGGAGGCAGUUGGGGCAAGGUUAGGGUACAAAGGGUUUCGAACUGACUCCAGACAGAGUACCCAUACCCAAGCUCAGGAGAACUGUGUGAGAGCAAGAAAGCCAGUUAGGGCCCCUCUUCCCAGCAAGGAGCCUAGGCCUGGGAUAUAGCUGAGUGCUAAAUUGCUAUCUCAACAUGCAUGGUGCCCUGGAUUCAACUCCCAGUACAACACAACAAAGCAAAAAAUGGACAAGGACCUGAGGUUUGGAGUAAAGGUGUUGUGGGGUCGCGGGGAGAGCAGAGCCCUUGAAUAAUCAGAGGCCAGUCUUGUCCUCUCUAAUCCCAAUUAGGUAUCUAGGACAUCGUGAGACCACUGCGGGAGAUGACACUGGAUUGUAUUUCUUGGCCGAGAUGACCUAAAGUCCAGACAUCAAAGAUAUUCCAGGAAAGACAGUGGGGCAUGGCCCUGCUUGGGGCUCCUUCCUAUCUGUAGACCUGAGAAGCAGGGGGACAAUAUCAUGG